AUGGCAUCUCGUCGGGACCUGAACAGGGAGCCGUGUCCAGACCGCAUACUGGACGACAUGGGGGGUGCCUUUGGCAUGGGUGCCUUGGGUGGUUUUUUAUGGCACUUUGCAAAGGGCUGGAGGAAUUCACCGAAGUACGAAAAGUUCAACGGGGCGAUGUUUUCUGGAACGCUGAAAUCCCCAGCUGUGGGCUCAGCUUUCGCUACUUGGGGAGGCAUAUUUUGUGCCUUCGAUUGUACUCUGGCCUACGCCAGAGGAGGGAAGGAAGACUCUUGGAACCCUGUAAUUGCAGGGGCUGCUACUGGAGGGGUGCUGUCUAUGCGAUCUGGCUGGAGAAGUUGCGCUAGAAAUGCGGCAGUUGGAGGGAUUCUUCUCGGGAUUAUUGAAGUCGUGCAAAUCAUGUUUCUUCGCGGGACACCUACGAUGACCCCUAGAAAGCAAUUCCAGCAAAUGAAGGAGUAUGAGGAACUGCAGCAACAGGCUGCCGCUGCGGGUUCCUCUUCUUUGUGGUCUCGGUUUAUGCCUACACCGGCUUCCACCCAUCCAAAGCCCCAGGCUUCGUCAGAAAUACUUAACGACUCCGCAGCGCUGAGUUGA